GGAAUAUAAUUACAUCCCCAUCYCCAACGGUUUAAGGAUACGCAAUACACUAAAUCAUUUAGAGGGUUUUGGAACCAUCAAAAGACAAACCCUUAUUAUGCUAGACAAGAUUCAUCUCUUAACGAUCCAAAGACUGUCUAUUAAUGAAACUAUUAAGAGGUAAAUAAAUUGUCAUUUGUAUUAAAAAGUAGAGUUUCAAAAUAGAACUAAACUAUCAUAGAAUAGAAGAUGGACUAAACUUGUGUAAAAUUGGAAUUUAAGGGUGGGCUAGGCACCCCUUAGCCCAUUAGUCAGUCUGUCGGCCCAGUCUACCAUCCAUCUUUUCUGUUUACUAUUAGGGUUUUGUAGUUGCUUCCGUUCAUUCAGUGUAAAACUCUUCAACACGAUCUCAACUUUCAACAACCCAGUUUUAUAGCAGCAAUGGGGAAGGUUUCGAAGGCUGACAAGAAGAUAGCUUACGAUCAGAAACUAUGCCAACUUCUCGAUGAYUACACGYAGAUCCUUGUGGCGGUGGCUGAUAAUGUCGGUUCCAACCAGCUUCAGAACAUUCGACAUGGUCUUCGAGGCGAUUCUGUUAUCCUUAUGGGCAAAAAUACUAUGAUGAAACGAUCUGUCAGGAUGCACUCUGAGAAGACUGGAAACAAGGCCUUUUUGAAUCUCAUCCCUCUUCUUAUUCUUGGGAUUAGGCCGUUCUCAUAUGGUCUUGUGGUUCUUACUGUGUAUGACAAUGGUUCGGUCUUCAGCCCAGAGGUGCUUGACCUGACUGAAGAUGACCUGAUUGAGAAGUUUGCGCUUGGAGUCUCCAUGGUGACAUCUCUAGCAUUGGCCAUCCAUUAUCCAACCAUUGCAGCUGCUCCACACAUGUUGAUCAAUGCUUACAAGAAUGCGUUGGCCAUUGCUGUGGAGACUGAUUACUCUUUCCCUUUGGCAGACAAGGUGAAGGAGUACCUUGAGGAUCCAAGCAAGUUUGCUGUGGCUGCUCCAGUAGCUGCAUCUAGUGGUGGUGGUGCUCCGGCAGCAGCUGCUUCUGCUCCAGCUGAAGAGAAGAAGGAAGAGCCUGCUGAGGAAUCGGAUGAUGACAUGGGUUUCAGUUUGUUC